GUUGAACAAGUAUUGCAGGAUUUUACACUUACAGCAUCUAGACGAGCUCCACUAAUGUCUGACUUUAAGAAAAAGCGUUUUAAGUGUAACAUGAACAUUUGAGGACUGUGUUUUGGAUCGACAUGGUUUGGUCGUGGAUAAAGGGUUAAUGAAAAGUGUUUGCUUGCUGGAACAGACAUCCGAAAGGCAACCUCUUGUUCACGGAAGUAGAUCCACACUCAUGAGUUCAUAGCCCUCAGAUGCCUGCUGUGUCGAGCUGAAGAAGACUCUUACGUUUCCUUCCUUAUCGUUUUAAAGUUGUGCCAACCAUGGCGAAGAGUGGAUAUGGCUACUACCGAGCUACUAUAUUCCUGGCCAUGUUUGUGGGCUACACGCUGUAUUACUUCAACAGGAAGACGUUUUCCUUCGUGAUGCCCUCUGUAAUGCAGGAGAUCACGCUGGAUAAGGAUGAUCUGGGUCUUAUCACUAGCAGUCAAUCGCUGGCCUACGCCAUAAGCAAGUUCAUAAGCGGUGUGCUGUCCGAUCAGAUGAGCGCACGAUGGCUUUUCUCUAUUGGGCUGUUUAUGGUUGGCGGCAUCAACGUGAUUUUCUCUCAGUCCUCCUCGGUGGUGGUGUUCGCAGGCCUGUGGUUUCUGAAUGGACUGGGUCAAGGUCUAGGAUGGCCACCAUGUGCAAAAGUACUACGCAAGUGGUUUGAGCCAUCUCAGUUUGGGACCUGGUGGGCGGUGUUGUCCUGCAGUAUGAAUUUGGCUGGGGGUCUGGGGCCCAUAAUUGCCACACUGAUGGCCCAAAGCUACAGCUGGAGGUCCACACUGUCCAUCUCCGGCCUGACCUGUGUGGUCAUGUCCUUCUUUUGUCUGCUCAUUAUCCGAAAUGAGCCCAGUGAAGUUGGCCUGCCAAAUAUUGAAGCUGGUGCAAAGAAAAGCAAAGGAGGCUCCAGCAAAAAUGAAAGCACCUUCAAAGAGUUCAUCUUUUCUCCGUAUCUGUGGGUGUUAUCGUUUGGCUAUCUGGUGGUGUUUGGGGUGAAGACUGCUUACACUGACUGGGGGCAACUUUUCCUCAUCCAGGACAAGGGCCAGUCAGCACUAAUGGGCAGUUCCUUCAUGAGUGCCCUGGAGAUGGGAGGACUGCUGGGUAGUUUAGCCGCAGGAUUCCUGUCAGACAGGGCCGUGGCAAAGCAUGGAUUGCGUCUGUAUGGAAACCCUCGCCAUGGGCUCUUGCUCUCCAUGAUGGCUGGGAUGUGUGUCUCCAUGUACCUCUUCCGCACUACUGUCACAGCACACAGCUCAAACGUCUGGAUUCUUUUGUUGGGUGCUGCAUUUGGCUUUUCCUCCUAUGGACCGAUUGCCUUGUUUGGAGUUCUUGCGAAUGAAAGCGCUCCAUCGAACUACUGUGGAACCUCUCAUGCAAUUGUCGCCCUAAUGGCAAACGUUGGCGGAUUCCUGUCAGGGUUGCCAUUUGGCACCAUUGCUAAACACUAUGGCUGGAACACAGCAUUCUGGGUAGCAGAGAUAACUUGUACUGUCACCACAGUUGGAUACUUCUUGCUCCGAAAUAUACGCACCAAGAUGGGAAGUGUACCCAAGAAGGCUGACUAGUAUUUAAAUGUCUUUUAACUAGUUUUUAAAAUAUGGUAUAAAGGGCACAAUGCAAAACUUUUGUGUUUAUGAAAUAUGGAUGAAUUCACUGUGGAUAUCUAUUCCCAAGAUAUGACAUUAUAUUUUUUACCAGUGUACAAAAUAUGAUACCAUGUUGUGUCAGUUUCAGAAGCACAUCAUGUUAUUUAUUCUGUUCAUUUUAAAAACGGAUGACAGUAUUUUACAUUGUUCUGUUUACUGAACACUUACACUGCAGAACAUAUUAAUUAAGGCAUGUUUAAGCCAUUUCUUCAGUGGUUUUAAAAUACUGCCAUUAAAUUAAAUAAAAUAAAAUUUAAAUCUUGAACUUUUCAUCCGUUUCAGAGCUUUAACUGGUCCUACCUCUGUAUCUGUAUAUUACAAAAUCAUAAACGUGUAUGAUGAUGAAAUACGUGACCUAACUGUUAGUUAUAUCACGUGAAUGUUUAAUAGCACAAUAAAAUGAGUUUAUAUAAAUAAAACAUUUAAGAUUUACA